AUGGCGGCAAAUUAUGAGAAACGAAUUCUAGCCGAGAGAAAACGAAUUCACACAACAGUCUUUGACGUUGCUUUCUCGCCAUGUGGAAACUUCUUUGCGGCUUGUAAUAACUUUGGCAGCAUCGCUGUGUAUAGUUUGUUGUCAGCCCUUGCACAAGAUGCCAGUCAUCAGAACAGACAACCUAUCUUUACUUUUGAUGUUGAGGAAGGACCAAUAUACACACUCUUAUCAACUGAUACAUUUCUAAUAAGUGGAGGAUCGUCAGAGAUCAGUGGAUGGAGAUGGGAUGAUAUUCUUGAAAUGUCUACAACUCCAUCUUGGAAACUCUCUCCUCCUCUAUCAAACAUUAAUCCUUUGGGUGUUUCUGAAACAAAUGCUUUGGCAUAUGACAAAGAGAAUAACACACUUUUUUCAGGCUGUGGUGACAAUAAUGUUUAUACCUGGGAUUUAGAAAUGGGGAUUUGUAAGAACACAUUCAAAGGACAUGAAGAUUAUAUUCAUUGUCUUGCUCUACGUGAUACAACUAAUGAAUGUAUCAGUGGAUCAGAAGAUGGCUCUGUCAGAUUCUGGGACUGCAGAUUAGGUUCCAUGACAAACAAGAUAGAACCAUACAAAGACAAGAAUCUCAACAGACCAAAAUAUGGUAAUUGGAUAGGAUGUGUUGCAGUAGACUCUAAUAAAGAAUGGAUGGUCUGUGGAGGUGGUCCAAGUCUUUCAGUGUGGCAUCUAAGGUCCAUGACAUGUACUAGUGUUCUAGAUACACCUAAUUCAGCACAACAGACUGCUUUAUUUCAUGAAGACACAGUCAUCACAGCAGGUACAGAGGCUUCAGUGUUUCAUUGGCAAGUCAACGGAGAUCUCAGAUCUCAGAUCCCCUGUACACCAUCUUCCGUUUAUGCUCUGAGAGUGAAUUCUGCUUCGCCAGAAGGGAAGAUUCUUCUUGUUGGCGGAACGUCAUCAAAGAUAGACACCUACAUCAAUUAUGGAUAUAAGGCUUUUUCAUUCGAUUUUGUCUAAUAUUUCUGUCAUGUAUUAGUAGAGUACAAACAUUGUAAGUGUGUAACAUAAAUACCACUAAAUACUGCUAAAUUAUGCUAAUCCUAUUGUUUUCUAUU